AUGCUUCUGGCAUUUGACUGGACGAGCGCCUUCUCGCAGCUGUCUGCAGGUCCUCUACCACUUGUUUCACUCUCGGCAGCGCCUUUGCAAGAGUCGGCAAUUGUGUGGUAUCCGGAAACGGAUGAUAAACAGGAAUUAGUGCAUGCGGAUGGUUUAGAAAAGGAGCGUUCGAUCUUUGUUUCUUACAAUAUCUGGGGCUCCGUGCUAAGUCUGAGCAUCUACUUCGCUAACCUGAACAACUUUUAA